AGAGGGCGUCACGUGAGCGCCAGUCUUGUGACUGGCCUGGGCGCAAAGAGGCUGGAGCACAUUGCCUUCUGCCUUGCGGGGCGUGUGCGGGGCGGAGGGGUCUUUUCGCCCUCUUUGCAUGCCCCAAAUCUCUCUUUUUUUAAAAGGGGGGCUCCUCUCUAGCUCCGGAGCCGCUCCCCGGGUGCCUCCAGCCCUCCCUCCAGUUGCCAGACCCGGUUGCAAAAAGUUGGCUCUGUAGCCGGGGGGGCUUGCCUGUUCUCUGUUUGGGGGGCGGAGGGGAGGGGGGCCCGGCCGGAGGAUGGACAAUAAGCCCCUGCUGCAAGACCGACCCCCCGCCUACAGCCCGGCCGCCCAGGGAGGCGGCUACGAGUAUGGGCAGGGCGGCUACGGGGCCAUUCCCGCCGCUCAGCCGGGCUUCCAGCCGCCGCCGCCGCCGCCCUACGCCUAUCCCACGGGUUCUGCCGCAGCAUACACCGUUCCUCCGGGUGCGUCUCCACAUAACUACCCCAACACCACCUACACGAUAAUCCAACAACCUCCAACCACUACCUCUGUUGUGGUUGUUGGCGGCUGCCCUGCAUGCAGAGUUGGAGUCCUGGAAGACACUUUCACCUGUCUUGGUGUCCUUUGCGCUAUCGUCUUUUUCCCUAUCGGAAUUCUUUUCUGCCUUGCAUUGAGGCAACGGAGAUGUCCCAACUGCGGGGCGACGUUUGGUUAAGGGAUCCACCGAUAACACGAACGCACAGAGGCUUUUCGGGAGCCGUACCUGUAUUGUAGAACCUUCCCCCCCCCAAUGUAAAUGUCAUGUACAAUCACGUUGAUGCUUCAGAGCUGAUUUUGUAUAAGUGUUAUGAAGUGAAAUCUCUUGCAUGCAAAACUGUUUCCAGGGGCAUGUCGAACGCGGGACGCAAACCCUGCCUGGCUUCUUGUUUAAAUGCACCUUUUCAGAAAAU